GGAAUAUUAAUAACUCUUUUUUUUUUGGGUUUUGUAUUUUUUGGUGAGGUUAAGUUUGAUUUCACUUGACAGUUCUGAUUGUGAACUGAGUUAUAUUUUAUGGUGUGAGAACCAAAGCCAGGAACCACAGCUAAGACUUAUAAAUAUGAGAAUUUAAAAGAGAGCCUGGAGCCCCCAGUCUUGUGUUUCACAUGCUUGCUUUGUAAGAGAGGGCAGGACUGCUCUGAUGUCUCUCCCAGAUAAGGGGCUCUGCCUGCUUCAGUCCAUUUUUCAGCAAGGAAAAGCUCGUGAUUUAAUGUUGAGUAUAAAGCUUCAGAAGACCAGCAAGGAAAUAAAGUAUCUCAUAUGGUGAGAUAUAAAAUGCAGCGGUGUAGAUUUUAGAGGAGAUGGCAGAAUUUACGGAAGCUGGCUAUCCCAGGCAAUUGGCAACGGAGAGUCAAGGAGACAGAUUUAAGACUCACCAGAAGGAAACUCUUAUAUCAGUGGGAAGAAAGUCAAAUGCCUGGCAAAUGCUUGCUGCUGUCCAGUAAAGUGUAUUGACACUGAAAAGAAAAUGUAAAUAAGAUGAAAGAAGCCCAAGUUUAUUGUGGCCGGAUGAAAUUCAGGGAGACCGUCUUGCUAGGAGGAAGGAGAGGAUGUGUAUAAGUUGGGGGAAAAUAUCAGCGACAUUGGGACAAAUUCUGGAGGAGCUGUCACGUUUGCUGAUUAAAGAUUGGAUAUAACUUAAAAGAAGCAAGAUUCUAAUCACUACAUAUUGGACGCCGGCCUCCUUUGACCUCGGAAACUGAAAAUGAGGUUGCUAUGGGAACUGCUUGUGCUGAAAUCAUUCAUGUUGUGCCUUGCAGAUGAUAAUAUACUGCGUGGACCAGUUUUCAUCCAAGAACCAAGCAGUGUUGUUUUUGCACUGGAUUCUGAUGAGAAGAAAGUCAAAUUGAGCUGUGAAGUUAAGGGAAAUCCUAAACCAACGAUAAGGUGGAAGUUAAAUGGAACCAUAGUUGACAUUGGUAUGGAUUACCGCUACAGUGUGGUUGAAGGCAGCUUGUUGAUCAAUAAUCCCAAUAAGACUCAAGAUGCUGGAACAUACCAGUGCAUAGCAACAAAUUCGUUCGGAACAAUUGUUAGCCGAGAAGCAAAACUACAGUUUGCGUAUCUGGAAAAAUUCAAAACCAGGACUAGGAGUACAGUAUCUGUCCGACAAGGACAGGGCAUGGUAUUGCUCUGUGGACCACCACCACAUUCUGGAGAACUAAUCUAUGCCUGGAUCUUUAAUGAAUACCCAUCGUUUGUGCACCAAGAUAAUCGCCGCUUUGUUUCUCAAGAGACUGGAAAUUUAUACAUAGCUAAAGUGGAGAAAUCUGAUGUGGGGAAUUACACAUGUGUGGUGACAAAUAGUGUGACCAACAACAGAGUGCUGGGACCUACAACACCUUUAAUCCUGAGAAAUGAUGGAGUGAUGGGUGAAUAUGAGCCAAAAAUUGAAGUUCAAUUCCCAGAAAUGGUUCCAUCUGCAAAAGGAACAACUGUGAGAUUGGAGUGUUUUGCACUUGGAAACCCAGUUCCAGCUAUCAGCUGGAGAAGAGCAGAUGGAAAACAAAUCCCCAAAAAAGCUCGGAGGCACAAAUCGAGCAGCAUUCUUGAAAUCCCAAAUUUCCAGCAGGAAGAUGCCGGCCUUUAUGAGUGUGUGGCUGAAAAUGUGAGAGGAAGGAACGUGGCUCGAGGCCAGCUGACGUUUUAUGCUCCUCCCAACUGGACUCAGAGAAUAAACGAUGCCCAUGUGGCUAUCGAGGAAAACAUCUACUGGGAAUGUAAAGCAAACGGGAGACCAAAGCCUUCUUACAGCUGGUUGAAGGAUGGUGAGCUGCUCCUCCCUCAGGAAAGAAUUCAGAUUGAGCACGGCACACUCACCAUAACCAAUGUGAGCCUCUCGGACACCGGCAUGUAUCAGUGUGUAGCUGAAAACCGAUACGGAGCCAUCUAUAUCAGCGCGGAACUGAGCGUAAUCGCUGUGGGUCCAGAUUUUUCCAAAAACUACUUGAAAAGGUUAACUCUUGUUAAAGUUGGUGGUGACGCAACCAUUGAGUGUAAGCCCAAAGCUUCCCCAAGGCCUACCUUUACUUGGAAGAAAGGAAAAGAGAUCCUAAGAGAAAAUGAGAGGUAUACUAUCAUGGAAGAUGGGACUCUGAAGAUUAUCAAUGUCACUAAAGCAGAUGCUGGCAGUUACACAUGCAUAGCAACAAAUCAUUUUGGAGUAGCCAGCAGUACUGGGAACCUGGUGAUAAAAGAUCCAACACGGUUUAUGGUGGCACCUACCAGCAUGGAUGUCACUGCUGGUGAGAGUAUUCUUCUUCCUUGCCAGGUAUCUCAUGAUCAUCCGCUAGAUAUUAUGUUUACUUGGUCAUUUAAUGGACACCUGAUAGACUUUGAAAGAGAUGGGGAUCACUUUGAAAGAGUUGGAGGGCAGGAUUCAGCUGGUGAUUUGAUGAUCAGAAGCAUCCAGCUGAAUCAUGCUGGAAAAUACGUCUGCAUGGUGCAAACGAGUGUGGACAAGCUAUCGGCUGCUGCAGACCUGAUUGUAAGAGGUCCACCAGGUCCGCCUGAAGCUGUGACAAUUGAUGAAAUCACAGACACCACAGCUCAGGUCUCUUGGAGGCCAGGACCUGACAAUCGCAGCCCUAUCACAACAUACGUGGUUCAAGCAAGGACCCCAUUUUCUGUGGGAUGGCAAGCAGUUAAUACAGUGCCAGAGGUCAUUGAUGGAAACACAUUUACAGCAACAGUGGUGGGUUUAAAUCCGUGGGUUGAGUAUGAAUUCCGAGUGGUUGCUGCCAGCCUUAUUGGGAUAGGAGAGCCAAGCAAACCAUCUGAGAAGCGGAGAACUGAAGAGGCUCUUCCUGAAGUAACUCCAGCUAAUGUCAGUGGAGGUGGUGGUACUAAGUCUGAGUUGGUGAUAACCUGGGAGACAGUUCCCGAAGAGUUACAGAAUGGAGGUGGAUUUGGUUAUGUGGUUGCUUUUCGUCCAGUUGGCACAAUCAGUUGGAUGCAGACAGUAGUGGCUUCUCCAGAUGCCUCCAAGUAUGUGUUUCGGAAUGAGAGCCUUCCACCAUUUUCACCAUAUGAAGUCAAAGUGGGUGUGUACAACAACAGAGGCGAAGGUCCGUUCAGCCAUGUCACAGUUGUAUAUUCAGCUGACGAAGAGCCCAACAAAGCUCCAACCAGCAUCUUUGCCAGAAGCAUGUCUGCUUCAGAAGUAGAAGUAUUUUGGUCCAUGCUGCCAGAAACACAGAGCAAAGGAAGAAUACAGGGCUAUGAGGUUAGAUACUGGCAACAUGGAGAUAAAGAGGAGCAAGCUGGAAGAAUGAAAACCAUGACCAACCAAACAUUUGCUAGAAUCAGCAACUUGAAGGGCAAUGCAUUGUACCACUUAGCUGUCAAAGCUUACAACACUGCAGGGAUGGGACCUUCCAGCGCUGUAGUCAAUGUAACAACCAAGAAGCCACCACCAAGCCAACCACCUGGAAACAUCAUAUGGAAUUCAUCAGACUCAAAGAUUAUACUGAACUGGGAUCAAGUGAAAGCACAGAAUAAUGAAUCUGAGGUGAAAGGAUACAAAGUUUUUUACAGAUGGAAUAAACAAAGCAGCACCUCUAUAAUAGAAACUAACAAAACAUCUGUGGAGCUUUCACUACCUUUUGAUGAAGAUUACAUCAUAGAAAUAAAGCCAUUCAGUGAUGGAGGUGAUGGCAAUAGCAGCGAGCAAAUCCGAAUUCCAAAGAUAUCAAAUGCCUACGCAAGAGGGUCAAGUGCUUCGACUUCAAAUGCCUGCACCCUGUCUGCCAUCAGCACAAUAAUGAUUUCCCUCACAGCUAGAUCAAGUUUAUGACAAAAAAUAUCUAAAGGACUUCCUGUUAAUGAUAUAACUAAGCAACAUUUAGCUAGUUGUUUUGAAGACACCCAGUACUAAGUAAUAUUGUUGUUCGAGUACAUCUUACUACUGGAAAAAAUAUUUUAUGCUUCUCUAGGAAUGGCAUUAUACGGUACUUCCUCAAAGCAAAUAUAGCUUUGUCUGAAGUUUCCUUGGAAACUCUGCAAUGCACUGAAAACAUCUGUAAUACGAUGUUACCAAAGCAGUUUACAUAUGUCCUUAUAUGCAUAUUUUUAUUAUAUAUUUAGUGUUUUAUAGACUUUUUUAAGGUUAACAUAUGAUGUAGAUAUUAAUUUCCUUUCCCCUCUGCUAUAAAAUACUACUGAUGACAUUAACCUUGCAAAUAUAUAUUGUUUUGGAAUGUUUUAUGGCCAAAAGGUCAAAGUCCUCAAUAAUCAGUUUCGAAUUGAUUGUAUAGUUUUACAAGAGUGAAUAUUGAUGGAGCUCUUUUGGCCUUGAUCUCUCCUCCAAGGCUUCUGGAAACAGAAAGCAUUCCCUUAUGUUUUUUAUGAAGCCUCGCCUUCUCUCCCUUCCUCUCCUCUUGUUGACCCUCAAGCUGCACACAUAGACACUAACACUCACACACACACACACACACACACACACACACACACACACACACACUGGUGAUAAGUGGAGGCUCUCCUCAUGGUCUUGUUUACUGAGUUAGACUGCUUUCACAAGGAAAAGAUAGAUACACUUGAAGCAUAGGACAUUAUGCCCCCGGCACUACAACUGAACACAGAAGAAUCAAUGACUCUGGGGAGCUCUCUGAUAUAGGCAGAAUGGGAAUGGAUACAAUGGUCUCGCUUCCAUCCCAUACUUUUCCUAUACAAGAUUCCAUUUUUUUUUUUUUGGAAGAUCAGAUGAUUAAAAUAAUGCAUUUGCUUUCAGGCUGUUAAGUCAAGCACAUAAUAAUCAUCUAGCUAAUAUUUUGAUGAUGCCUAUCAAGAUUUUUAUCUGAAUGUACUGAUUUAGCUUUCUCUAACUUUUAACAAAUAUUGAAUUAAUGUUCAUUCCAUUUAGCUAUCAUCACUCCAGUGGUAAAGUAAAACCAAUACUGUUAUAGCAGAGAACAGGAUUCCAAAAGUGGUAAAAAUCUCAAAUUCUCUCAGUUGGACAAUUGACAUCAUUCUGGAUUUUCACCAUUUUAAUCAGGAAGUCUGCAAAUCUGGGAGACUUUAUAUGAAAGAUAGCUAUACUUUGUCUGAGCAGAUGUUUAUUUUGACAGAUAUACAUGUUAACUGUAAUUUUCUAAAGAUUGGUUUCAUGCACAGUUAUCCAUGGCUAUAGAUUUUAUUUGACUAUAGGUCAAAAACUAAUGAUAAUAACAUUUUCAUGAAUUACUUCUCUUACAAUGCAUGUCUGGGUGUCUCCAUGCCCUUUGAAAUAGUUUUUCUCUCUUUGACAAUUUCCAAUCCUCCUGGCUUUCUGCUACCAUAAGAGAUCAGAACCUGAAAUUGUAUGUUCUAAAGACCAAGGUUCAGUUUUCUUGACCACGUUGUCAUACAUAUCUAGCGUGUUAGUAAAAUUGAAUUCAAAUGUGAGUACAAUCUUUCAUGGAGUCAUUUCAUGCAGCCUCUGUUCAUUCCAGUAACGCUUGUGCUGGAGCAUAGUUUGGUGAAAGGCCCAAUCCAGUGGGUUCAGUCUGCAUGCAGAGGUUUUAAUGUAGGCAUGAAGUUCUACACAAGUCAGCUCAUGCAGAGCUUCUGUGUGCACUAGUCUAGCAAAGUCCUAGAUCAUGUCCAAAAUUUAUAAGAAAAAUAUAUUAAUACAAAAGAGAUUUCUUACUAUGGAAAAUUUUUGUAAGUAUGCUCAGAUGGAUCAAUGAUCAUUCAAAUGAUAUACUUUUCUAUUAAUUUUUUCCCAAGUUUUAAAAAUGCACAGCAGAGGUUUCUAAUUUGUUCUUCCGAAUAGCUUCAAUUUGCCUGUAAUUUGUCUCUUUUGCUUCCAGAACAAUACAAGCUAACUUUUAAACCUUUAAAAAUAUAUUUAUUAAGUAAUUCAUAACCAGGAUUCCACUUGUGUAAGUCAGGGGUGUUAAUCAGAGAAAUAUUGUCAGUAUUUCAAGCUGUGUUCCUUUCUUAGUUUGAUAUGGUUACUUCUAUGUAAAAACUAAAAACUAAAAAAAACUGCAAAAGAAAGAAAAUGAAAGAAAAAAGCCUAUGUAGUUUUUCUCCCCAGUGUAAAUGAUAUUUAUCAGUGAUCUAGAAGAUGUAAUCUUUUUUAAAGUUAUUGGUAAUAAAUAUUCUGUUAUUUGUAAAGA